CGCUUUACGGAUAGGAUUUUCUGUCGUCAUGUAACUGUUGGGUGCUGUGCGUCUGUCCUUGUAAAGAUGCCCAGAACAUAUGCUGCCUACUGAAGUCUUCAGCACCUAACUGACACAAAAUCAGUCAACAACAAAAACGUAGCAUGGCGUCUCGCCUCCUCAAGUACUCAGUGCUUCUUCAGAAGUACCGGACUCCGCUGCUCAUCACGAGCUGUGGCGGGGUCUUUGCAGCCAACAUGUUCUACCAUGUUUUCCCUGACAUGUCCUACCGUCAGCUGUAUCAGGCCUGGUUCAAGGGAGAGCCAGUCACGCUGUCUGAAAAACUGGAGGAGGUUUUCCAGCAGGUGUUGAAGGAUUAUGGUAUCAGCUCAACCAAGAAUUUCUCUGCCUUCGCCUCCUUUGGGUUCCAUCCGGUUGGUGCUGGUGUCCCCUGGCUCCCUGCAGGGGCUCAAGUUGGCAUCCCAGCAAACUUUAACAGCACGUCUGACAACUCGAGUGGAAUCACCAACCGCAGCAUUUUCAUCAAUGGAAAAACGGUGGAGUGGGACAGCGAUACUGGCUCUGCACUAAAGGAGGCACUGACGUUUUCCAUGGACGCACAGAAGUUUGCCGUAGCGCGAGAGGUGGCCCGCUUGCAGUCCGGAGGACCUGUUCUGAAUGCUGCCGUGGCCCCGUUCUGCCUGGGUGGGGUUUGGGUGUACAGCGUGGUGCUGAAGCAGGUGUUCGGACUCCACGCUGGGCCUGCGCUGUUUCGGGGAGCUGCGAAUAUUGUGGCGCUGGGCCUCGGUGCCGUGUCCUACUUGCUCACCUCGGAUGCUGUCAGCCAGUGGAUUGACUACAGCUCAGACAAAAAUGCGGCUGCACUGUCACGCGAUUAUGCCAAAGGAGGGGUUGAGUUUUACGAUAAGAUUCUGUCCAGAAACAAGACUCUGCGCUCUCUGAUGGGCCAGAAGGGAGAGGAGAUGUAUGCUCCCAGUGGGAACUUGUUUCCUGCUCACCUCCUUCAGCUGAAACAUACUCCGUAUACAUCCAGGAGGGAAGGGAUCCUAGCUUUACUGAAAGAAGAGAAAGUUUGAAAAGAAAGGGGAGGAGGGCUUUUAUGUUAAGAGUUAAAAUCAUUGUAACUGGGCCUCACAUGAACGCCUGUAAUUAUCUACUUGGGCUUGUCUCUGAAUAGACUCCAGUGGCGUAGGAAGGUCUCUGAGCUUAACAUUCUUUUCAAAGAGAUAUGUCAUCCCACAUGUUCUGAAUGUUAUUUUGUGAAUCAUGAAGUGCAGAACAAUUCAAAUUACAAAGAAGUCUUGUAAACCCCUGGGGUCUCAGAUUUUUAGUGGCGUGUGUGACUUGUGACUUAUUUAUCCAGCAGAUUAAUUCUGGAUCCAGAGUACAAGUAAAUUACUGUAUUAUUAACAUGUGUUUAUACAACCACAUGUUCCAAACAGAAAAUAAAAAAUAAAAUAUAAGGUGUCUUUUUUAAGGUGUUUUUAUGUCUCUAGAUAUUACAAUUACAACCUGCAAGGAAUGAUCUGUGUGGCAAAACACUCGGUUAAACAGGCCAAAAUGCUAAAUUACAUUUAUUACAUCCUAUUAUUGUUAUCUAGCCAUGCAUAUAGUUUUAUCCUGAGUAAUAUUGUUUUCAGAAACGCAUCAUUUUAAAUUCUGUGACUGCCAUUUUUCAUAUCUCAGAACCUGAAACCCUUUAUUUCUCCCCCGAUUUUUCAAAUAAGAGAGGGAGUCAUCAUAAUCAUGCAACACUAGAGAUUUCCUAUUGCACAUCGUAGGCCCACUUCAACAGACUAGUUAGACAAAAGCAUUUUCCUUCAUUUUGAAGAAUUUGUGGUGGAGAAUGUGAGGUGUCCUUGGGUACAGCAUCUCCAGGUGUGUUAAAAGUCAAAUGAAAGUCAGGAAAAACCAUUAUGGAGGAAAAUAUCUGGAUUUCUCUGGAAUGGACUGGUACUUAAAAAGCUGUGUACUGUUUUUGUUUUGGUGGAAAUGUUAAGCCAUAUUAAAUGAAUGAAUCCUCCCACAAA